AUGCCCCGCCUUCCCCCACGGCUACACACGGUGCUGUUGAACAAUUCGCCUUUGACGACAGACAUCACACAGCUCGCCAACACCCUCGUUGCAAGUGCUGACAUGCCUCGGCUACAGGAGCUAGAUGUUGCCAGUGCUGGCAUUGGGUCGGAUGGCGGCGAUGCGCUGGCAGCGGUUUCUGGCGGCUGCCUAUCUCUGUACCGCCACCACACGACGUUGAAUCUCCGCAAGUCGACUGUCACCGAUGAGGGGAUUCUGGCCUCGUACCUUCACUCCUCAUAUGUCCGAGCCAUCGAUCCGUCGAUCUCAGCGACAACUGGGCCCUGA